AACAAGACUGAAAUAUGGCUGCGCCACUAGUUCUAGCACUUAUCACGGCGGCGAUCAUCGCCAUGGCGGCUGAUCACACUUCAGCCACCCCUCCUUCACUCGUUACUUUCAUCUUCGGUGACUCUUUAACAGAAGUCGGAAACAAUAACUACUUGCAAUACUCUCUUGCACGAUCAGAUUUUCCAUUCUAUGGCAUCGAUUACAAAAACGGAAAACCCACCGGAAGGUUCAGCAAUGGCCGAACCAUUGGUGAUAUCAUAUCUGAGAAACUUGGAAUUCCAUCGCCACCACCUUAUCUUUCGUUACAUCCAAAUGAUGAUGUAAUCUUGAAAGGUGUUAACUACGCAUCCGGUGGUGCCGGGAUUCUGAAUGACACUGGACUCUAUUUCAUUCAAAGAAUGUCGUUUGAUGAUCAAAUAGAUUACUUUGAAAACACAACAAAGGUAAUCAAGAAAAAAAUAGGAGAACGAGCUGGAAAUAAUCUUUUAAAUGAAGCCAUCUACUUCAUUGGAAUGGGUAGCAACGAUUACAUAAACAAUUUCUUGCAGCCCUUCCUACCCGAUGGUCAACAGUACACCCCCGAUGAGUUUCUUGAUCUUCUACGCUUGAAAUUAGCUGAACAGUUCACAAGACUUUAUUUGCUUGGUGCACGAAAGAUGAUCUUUCAUGGACUUGGACCUCUUGGAUGCAUUCCUUCACAACGAGCGAAAUCAACUUCUAAUCAAUGCUUACAUCAAGUAAACGAAUGGGUGCUUCAAUUCAAUUCAAAAAUCCAAAAGAUGAUUAAGGUUCUAAACCUCAAGCUAAAACACGUACAACUUACUUUCGCUGAUACUUACCAAGAUGUUCUAGAUUUGGUCGACAACCCUACUAAAUAUGGUUUCAAGGUGUCUAAUACCUCAUGCUGCAGAGUCGAUACAUCCGUUGGAGGAUUAUGCUUAUCGAAUGCACACGUGUGCAGAAAUCGUAAAGAAUAUGUAUUUUGGGAUGCUUUUCAUCCGUCUGAUGCUGCAAACGAGGUUUUGGCUGAUCGGUUCUUUUCAAAACUGUUUUCUAAUCUUAAUGGUUCGGCAGCUUCUGCACCGAAUCAUCAAGGUUAAGAGUAAUACGAGGUUUGGUACGUACCUUAAAAUACGAAAUGAGUCCCAUGUAUUUAAACAUAUUAAAGCCCUACAAACUAGGGCACUUUGUGUGUACACCACAAUAUAGCACCAAGUUUUGGUGUUUGUUUGAAAUGAAUGAGAGCUAUUUAUUAUAAGUCCGAGAG